UACACCAUGGUGCGUAAUCUGCCAUUUGGGACGUCUGACGUUUGGAGAAGGAAAAAAAACAGAAUCUUCAGAAAUUUUUAUAAAAUUAGUCAGAUAUUUGUGUAUUGCUCCGGUGUGGUGAAAUAUUUGCGGCGUAACAAUGCAAGGUGAUCAGCAGCAGUUCUUCAGUGGCACAUCAUACCCACAGCAGCCGGGAUAUGGUGUUGGAUUUGCGCCCCAGCCCGGCAUGCAGCCGGGAAUGCAUCCAAGCGCAUUUGCGUCAUCUGCAGGGACGCCAGACGGGUACACACCAUACGACGCAGAAUCAGCAUCGGUUAAAGGGUUUGAUUUCAACGAUCAAAGCAUUCGUCGCGGAUUUAUUAAGAAAGUCUAUUCCAUUUUGACUUUGCAACUGUCGAUCACGUUCGUAUUUGUUGCCUUCGUAAUAAACCAUGAACCAACGAAACUGUGGGUGCGCCAGCAUCCCGCCAUGUUCUGGGUGGCUUUCGCCGUGAUGUUUGGAACGAUGAUCGCUAUUUCAUGCUGCGGAGAGCUGCGCCGAAAGGCGCCGGCCAACAUGAUGUUGCUGGGACUGUUUACGUUUGCAGAAUCGUUCUUGGUAUCAAUGGUGGCCGCUAGCUACAGUUCCUACGAGGUCAUGUUGGCAUUUGGUAUAACGGCAGCCGUCUGUCUCGGGCUCACACUGUUCGCCUUCCAGACCAAGUGGGAUUUCACGAUGAUGGGUGGUAUCCUGUUCACAGCCGUGCUGAUCCUGUUCCUGUUCGGUUUGAUUGCGAUGUUUAUUCCGGGCAAGACGGUUCAAUUGAUUUACUCCUCGCUUGGUGCACUGCUCUUCUCCGUCUAUCUUGUCUAUGAUACGCAGAUAAUGAUGGGUGGAAGCCACAAGUACUCGAUCAGCCCGGAAGAGUACGUGUUUGCCGCCCUCUGUCUUUAUCUGGAUGUCAUUAACAUUUUCCUCCACAUCCUAUCGAUUAUUGGUGCGUCGAGGAAUUGAGGCGUACAUCGUCAACUUCCGUCAAUGUAUUUCUUUGUGUGUUGUAUUCUGUACGAAUGGUUCUCAUUCGAUAAGUGGAGUGAAAUGGUGAAUGGUAGUAUUGUACGUUGUUGCAAGUAUUGCUAUUAUUUGAUCUAACCAUCGGUCCAUCCGUAACGAUCUAGAUUAACGUAAAGUACUCAUAUGAAUACGGCAAACGCAUUCUCCGGAAACAUUUUCAGCCCUGUGACCACUCUGUUCAGCUAGCGUGUUAAGCAUCGUGCUUAACGAUACCCCUCAGUAUAUCACACUGUAUUUACUACAUCUUGUACAGACCAGUACGGUCCACUCGUGUUUCCAUAACGAAACUAUCUGUUGAAUGUGGGAAAAAGGAAAUAAAUUAUCGUAACGACGUUAAACUACUGACAA